AUGUGUGUUUUUUACGAUCAAAAUAAAUAUUUACAAUAUACAAUUUUUCAAUGUUUUACUUUUCUAGGCAAUAUCGAGGUUUUGCACAAUAACCGUUGGGGUUCGGUAUGUGAUGAUGAAUGGGAUGCUACUGAAGGUCAAAUUGUUUGUGAACAAUUGGGCUUUCCUGGUCUGAGAAAAGUAACGCACAGUGGUUAUUUUGGACCAGCUAAGAAACGUUUCUGGAUGGAUAAUAUUUUCUGUGAAGGUCAUGAAAAAGAACUAACACACUGCCAUUUUGAUGGUUGGGGCACACACGAUUGUGAACCCAGUGAAGCUGCCGGUGUUAUAUGUAUUGCCCCUGCUGGUCUGGAGCCAGAACCAGAAGUAAGACCUGAGUAUUAUGAACCUAAAUUUAGAAUACACUAUACCCAUAGAAUGGACAUACGACUAAGAGGUGGUAGAAGCCAUAAUGAGGGUCGUGUAGAGGUACGUUUGAAUAAUGGCAAAUGGGGCACUAUUUGUUCAGAUGGUUGGUCUCUACUGGAGGCUAAUGUUGUAUGCAAACAGCUGGGCUUAGGUUAUGCUCAAGACGCUUUACAGACCGAUUACUUUGGUGGUACGGAUAUAUCACCACCCCUUAUUAGUGGUACAGAAUGUUAUGGCAAUGAGACCUCACUAAGUCAGUGUUUGCAUCAUGAUCAUUUACGUGGUGCACCACCCUCUUGCCAUGGUACACGUAAUCAUGUCGCUGUUGCGAUAUGUAAUCAUUUGGCGCCAGAUUUAGUUGUUGAUUUCUAUGAAAUUGAACAUACAGCUCAUUUGGAAGAUCGUCCAAUGGCUUUAAUGCAGUGUGCAAUGGAGGAGAACUGUGUGGCUAAUGAAGCCUACGAUAUACAACGUGAUGAUCCCAAUUGGCGUUAUGCCACACGUCGUCUAUUAAAAUUUACAGCGAGUGCUUUAAAUGCCGGCAAUACAGAUUUUAGACCGUUUAAGGAUAAGAGCAUGUGGGAAUGGCAUAUGUGUCAUAUGCACUAUCACAGCAUGGAGGUUUUUGCUACUUUCGAUAUAUUUGACAUGUCUGGUGUUAAGGUGGCUCAGGGUCAUAAAGCCUCUUUUUGUCUGGAGGACAGUCAAUGUUUGCCGGGUAUACCUAAGAAAUACAAUUGUGCCAAUUUUGGAGAUCAAGGUAUUUCCGUCAAUUGUUCCGAUGUCUAUUUAUAUAAUCUAGACUGCCAAUGGGUUGAUAUAACCGAACUUAAUACCGGCUCUUACACUUUGAAAAUUGCCAUAAAUCCCGAAUUCAAAGUGUCCGAAAUGAAUUUUGACAAUAAUGCUGCCAUAUGUAAUCUUCUAUAUACCGAAACCUAUGCUCGUGUCGAUAACUGUAGGCUAGAGAGGCCUUGAUUUGUCUUCAUCUAAUAUAAUUAAUAAAAGUUGUCGGAAAAGGUGAAGCAAAUAAAGUGAUGCAAUAAAAAGUGAUUUUUAUAAAGUGUGAAUAUUAUCAGUGCCAAAUAUUUUAAAACCAAAUUGUACUUAAUUUAAAAAAAAAAUAAGAAAUAAAAAA